CCGGUCCAUGACCCAGCUCUGCCCGAAACUGCACCGGCCGGACACCGGGAAAGCGCUCCAAGAUGAUGUGCGAAGUGAUGCCAACCAUCAGCGAGGCUGAGAUGCCUUCGGGGGGAAACGGAAGCCAUGGAUCAGGCUCCCCCUUACAGACUGACUCGGAUUCCCACUUUGAGCAACUAAUGGUUUCAAUGCUAGAAGAGAGGGACAGAUUGCUGGAUACACUACGGGAGACCCAGGAAACACUAGGGAUAAAUCAAGGCAAGCUACAGGAAGUGACCCAUGAACGGGACUCUCUACAAAGGCAGCUCAACACGGCUUUGCCACAGGAGUUUGCAGCACUUACUAAGGAGCUCAAUAUAUGCCGGGAGCAGCUUCUGGAACGGGAAGAAGAAAUAGCCGAGCUGAAGGCUGAGAGAAACAAUACUCGGCUCCUCUUAGAACAUCUGGAGUGUCUGGUUUCACGGCAUGAGCGCUCCCUGCGAAUGACGGUGGUGAAGCGGCAGGCUCAGUCUCCAGCCGGAGUGUCGAGUGAAGUCGAAGUUUUGAAAGCUCUGAAGUCCCUGUUUGAACAUCACAAAGCUUUAGAUGAAAAGGUGAGAGAACGGUUACGAGUGGCUCUGGAGAGAUGUAGCUUGUUGGAAGAAGAGCUGGGGGUAACACACAAAGAGCUUAUGAUCGCUCGAGAACAGAACAAUCAAAAGAAGAUCUAUAAUGAUGGGACCAGGGACCAGAACCACGAUCAAGACAAUGAACCAAACACUAAUGGGAAGAGAUCAUCCGAUGAUUCUUUAAAUCACGAGGAUCUGUCGAAGGUGAUGGAGCUCCAGGAUGUGAUCGAUAAACAAGCCAAGGAGCAGAGCCAGAUGAAAGAACGCCUGGCUGUCCUGUCCAACCGGGUCACUGAGCUCGAGGAAGAUCUCGACACCGCAAGGAAAGAUCUCAUUAAAUCAGAAGAGAUGAACACCAAACUACAGCGGGACGUACGAGAGGCCAUGGCUCAGAAGGAAGACAUGGAGGAGAGAAUAACGACUCUUGAAAAACGCUACCUCGCCGCACAGCGUGAAGCCACAUCUGUGCACGACCUCAAUGACAAACUUGAAAACGAAAUCGCUAAUAAAGAAUCCUCACUAAGACAGAGUGAAGAAAAGAAUCGGCAGAUCCAGGAGCGUUUCGAGUUGGCUGAACAGAAACUUCAACAAACGAUACGGAAAGCAGAAACCUUGCCUGAGGUGGAGGCGGAAUUGGCACAGCGAGUGGCUGCUCUUUCUAAGGCUGAAGAGAGACAUGGCAACAUCGAGGAGAGGUUACGGCAAAUGGAAUCACAGCUGGAGGAGAAGAACCAGGAACUGCAAAGGGCCCGACAGAGAGAGAAGAUGAACGAGGAGCAUAAUAAGCGCCUGUCUGAGACGGUGGACAAGCUUUUGUCAGAGUCCAAUGAGAGGCUACAACUUCACCUCAAGGAACGGAUGGCAUCUAUAGAAGAUAAGAAUGCCUUAAUUAGAGACGUGGAAUCUGCCAAGAAACUCAUCGAGGAAAUCCAGCAUGAAAAGGAUCAGCUAUUGCUUGAAAUAGAAUCACUGAGAGCCGAGAAUGAGCAAGUCAGGAUUCGGGCAGCAUCCCUUCAUCACAGCCGGCCUCACCUCGGCAGUGUGCCCGACUUCCGAUAUGCUCUUGCUCCUUCCUCAUUAUCUGACGGCCACUCGGACAACUAUAGUUCUUCGAUGGUUCUACGAAGGCCGCAGAAAGGACGGCUAGCUGCUCUGCGCGAUGAGCCCUCAAAGCACGUACAGACUCUCAAUGAGCAGGACUGGGAGCGAGCCCAGCAGGCUAGUGUACUGGCUAAUGUAGCCCAAGCUUUUGAAAGCGAUGUAGAUAUAUCUGAUAUGGAGGAUGACAGAGACACCAUUUUCAGCUCUGUGGAUCUCCUUUCCCCAUGCGGCCAGGCGGACGCUCAGACGCUCGCUGUGAUGUUGCAGGAACAAUUGGAUGCCAUUAAUAAUGAAAUCAGAUUGAUUCAGGAGGAGAAGGAGACGACUGAGCAGAGAGCUGAGGAGAUUGAGUCUAGGGUGGGCAGUGGCAGUUUAGAUAACCUUGGCCGGUUCCGGUCGAUGACCUCUAUUCCUCCCUCUUUCCCUGGCACUGCCCUUGCAGGCUCCUCCCCCCCUAGCAGCGGACGCUCCACUCCCAGAAGAAUUCCUCACAGCCCUGCCCGGGAAGUGGACAGACUAGGCGUUAUGACCUUGCCUAGCGAUUUAAGGAAAUAUCGUAGAAAGCCUCCAGGUACUGAUUCCCGAGAUGACAAGACUACGAUACGAUGCGAAACUUCUCCCCCUUCCUCUCCAAGAUCUUUGCGACUAAGCUCCGUUCAUAAAGGAGCAUUGCACACUAUGAGCCAUGAGGACAUCCGAGACAUUAGAAAUUCUACGGGCUCACAGGAUGGGCAAGUAAGCAAUCCCAGCAGCAGCAGCAACAGCAGCCAAGACUCGCUCAAUAAAGCCCCAAAGAAAAAAGGAAUUAAGUCAUCAAUUGGUCGACUUUUCGGUAAAAAAGAGAAGGGUCGGCCUGGACAAAUGGGGAAAGAAUCUCUCGGGCCAGGUGGAAUUCCAGAGUUUGAGAGCACAUCCCAAGAAUCGCUUGGACUCGCAAAGCUGGGAGGGCACACUGAGAAGAACAGAAAGCUACAGAAAAAGCACGAGCUUUUGGAAGAUGCACGGAGGCAGGGCUUGCCAUUUGCACAAUGGGAUGGCCCAACCGUAGUUGUUUGGUUGGAGCUCUGGGUCGGUAUGCCUGCCUGGUACGUGGCUGCCUGUCGGGCCAAUGUGAAAAGUGGGGCUAUAAUGUCUGCUCUGUCAGACACCGAAAUCCAGAGAGAGAUCGGUAUCAGUAAUCCACUUCACAGGCUGAAGCUGAGACUAGCCAUCCAAGAGAUUAUGUCCUUAACCAGUCCAUCAGCUCCUCCCACCUCGAGAACGUCCACGGGAAAUGUCUGGGUUACUCAUGAAGAGAUGGAAACCCUCACAGCCUCUCCACAAACGGAAGAUGAGGAGGGAAGCUGGGCUCAGACCCUCGCAUAUGGCGACAUGAAUCAUGAGUGGAUUGGUAACGAGUGGCUGCCUAGCUUGGGCCUGCCUCAGUACCGAAGUUAUUUUAUGGAGUGCCUUGUUGAUGCUAGGAUGCUGGACCAUUUGACGAAGAAGGACCUCCGCGGACAGCUGAAAAUGGUGGACAGUUUUCACAGGAACAGCUUCCAGUGCGGCAUUAUGUGUUUGCGGAGGUUGAACUAUGACCGGAUAGAACUAGAGAGGAAAAGAGAAGAAAGUCAAAACGAGAUCAAAGAUGUAAUUGUCUGGAGCAAUGAUAAGGUCAUUAACUGGGUAUUGUCCAUUGGACUUAAAGAAUAUGCAAAUAAUCUUCUGGAAAGCGGUGUUCAUGGUGCUCUGAUUGCCUUAGAUGAGACGUUUGAUCAUAACACGUUGGCUUUGCUGCUACAAAUCCCCACUCAGAACACACAGGCACGUGCGUCGCUGGAGCGGGAAUUCAAUAAUCUUCUUAUAAGAGGAACUGAUAGAAGAUUUGAUGAUGAUGAUGAUAAAAGCUUUAGACGGGCCCCAUCGUGGCGAAAGAAAUUCCGACCAAAGGAUGUGCGAGGAAUGAGCGCCGGCUCUGCAGAAACACUACCUGCCAACUUCAGAGUCAACUCUUCAAUGUCUUCUCCUUCUAUGCAGCCAAAGAAAAUCCAGAUGGAUGGCAAUGUGUCUGGAAUACAAAGACUGGAUUCAGCUACUAUUAGGACAUACUCCUGUUAACGUUGUCUCUUGUUUACCCACAUUACUUCUACAGAUGAGUAUGCAACCCGUGAAUUCAUCUUGAUUCUACAUUUCCAGACCUGGCCCGGCUUCCCUGUACGAAUCGCGCUGUUCAGACACUUUGAGAUAUUUUAAUACAGAGUUUUUAAAUAUCAAGUAAAAAAAA